CUGUUUCCYACUCUUAAAAACGUUGGCCGGAAGGAUUUUUUAAAGUUCAUAGAUGCUUCUAUCCAUGAUAUAGAAGAAAGUCGAAACCCUAGAUUUGCUGGAAGCAUUGGAUUAUGGGCAACUGGAGUUAUGCUGUUCUGAUCGUAAACUAGCUUCUACGGCUUGCUACCCCGCUAGCCAUUCAUCUAGCUGAACUGUCUAUUUGAUCCGAUUUGGAUCAUGGCAGACUUACCAGGUUAUAUGGCCACCUGCUUGUACAGUGGAAAACUUGCUUUCUUGGCAAUUUUGGUUUCUGCAGGAAUUGUAAUGCAAAUUCUGGCAUGUGCUUUGUACAACAAUUGGUGGCCAAUGCUAACAGUAUUGAUGUAUGUUCUUCUUCCUAUGCCUCUGAUGUUUUUCAUGGGAUCUGAUACCUCUCUUUUAUUGGAAAGUGGGAAUAGCUGGGUUGAUGCUACAAAGUUCCUGACUGGAGCAUCAGCGGUAGGAAGCAUUGCAAUACCGGCCAUCUUAAAGCAUGCUGACGUUAUUGGUUGGGGAGCACUGGCAAUGGAGCUUUCGUCCUUUCUUAUUUUUGUUAUAGCCAUAGUCUUUUACAUUCAAAUGAACAAUGAAUCUGAGUAUAGCAUGUUUUGAGAAUAUUGAAACAAGAGUUCCCAUUCCGGUUUGUAUAAAAGGAGGUUUCUCAUCGAUUCCAUUACAUAGGUUCUCUCAUUGUUUGUGUUUUGCCUUCACUCUUGUGGUUUACAAAAGCAGCGCAUGUGCAAUUUCUGUUUAAUGGAAUGAAAUUAGGUGUGCAUUUUGAUUUUUGA